AUGACAGAGGGAACUCUGGGAGACAUUACCUUCGCCCAAAAAUGUGCUGAACUGCGUGGUUAUAUCAGGCCUCUCCUUGAGCUGUUGAAUGGUCUGAAAAUGGGGAGAUAUGACAAAGGUCUGAGCACUUUCCAGCAGAGUGUUGCUAUGGAUAGACUGCAGAGAAUUCUGGGUAUUCUGCAGAAACCCUAUUUAGGCGAGAAGCACCUGCGGACCCUCCUACAGCUUGAGAUGAUGCUGAAAGUUUGGUUUCCUCAGGUGAAGGCGGCAGCUGCUCCUCAGAAUUCCACAGGACUCCCUCCUGCACGAUGGCACCAGGACCAGCUGCACAUCCCUGUGAAGAAGCGCAGAUUAAGCUGGUCAGACUCUGAGUCGUCAAGCCCUGGUCAGCCCUUCAGCAAACGUCCUCAGGAGGAAGACCAACAUGAGUGCCAAAGCGAUACUUCAACUGGAGCCCCCAGCUCUGUUCAUGGGGAGACCAGAGGAGGAGGUGCACAAUGGAUGGAUUUCAAGAAGAAAAUUAUAUCAGGCCACUGCUUGAAAGGGAGUAACCAUAUCUCCUCUCAGCCAGAUCUGCUCUCAGGGUCAACCCAAGGUGUCCAAAAAGGUACCCCGUCCUCACUGAAAAUGCCCCCUUCCUCCUCUGGCACACAGGACAGUUGGAUAUCCUCCACUACUCCCUCAUCAGAUUCACCCCAGCCCUCCCUGCUGAGACAGCCAUCAACGGGGCAUCGCAGAGACUCGGUCUCUCUGGAGACCGAAGGAAACAGAGCCAUCUCAACCCAGGGGGCGGAGUCAUGUUGA